AUGGCCGUCACCAUGGCCGUCAUCAUGGCCGCCAUCACCAUCGUCAUCAUCAUCGUCAUUGUCAUCAUCAUCAUCGUCAUCAUCGUCAUUGUCACCAUGGCCGUCAUCAUGGCCACCAUCGCCAUCAUCAUCAUCGUCAUUGUCAUCAUCGUCAUCAUCGUCAUCACCGUCAUGGUCAUCAUCAUCAUCGUCAUCAUCGUCAUUGUCACCAUGGCCAUCAUCAUGGCCGUCAUCACCAUCGUCAUCAUCAUCAUCACCAUCAUCGUCAUCAUCGUCAUCACUGUCAUUGUCAUCAUCGUCAUCAUUGUCAUCGUCACCAUGACCGUCACCAUGGCCGUCACCAUGGCCGUCAUCACCAUCGUCAUCAUCAUCAACAUCAACAUCAUCACCAUUAUCGUCAUCAUUGUCAUUAUCAUCAUCGUCAUCAUUGUCAUCAUCGUCAUCGUCACCAUGGCCGUCACCAUGGUCGUCAUCACCAUCGUCAUCGUCAUUGUCAUCAACAUCUUCACCAUCGUCGUCAUCGUCAUCAUCGUCAUCGUCAUCACCGUCAUCAUUUCAUCACCAUCGUCAUUGUUAUCAUCAUCACCAUCGCCAUCACCAUUGUCAUCAUCGUCAUCAUCAUCGUUGUCGUCGUCAUG